AUGGUGAAAGCUGGAACAGCUUUAAAUGUAUUUUAUCCUAAAUUAAUUCACGUGACUUGCCUUGCACACGCUUUCCAUCGUGUCGCAGAAACAAUAAGAUCAGAAUUUCCCGAAGUUGAUUUUUUGAUAUCAACUAUUAAAAAACUUUUCCUGAAAGCACCCAGUCGUGUACAUAUAUUUAAAGAAAAUUAUCCUCAAACACCUCUUCCUCCAAAACCGGUGAUAACUCGUUGGGGUACUUGGUUACAAGCUGCUGCAUAUUAUUGCGACAAUUUUAGUGUCAUUGAAGAUGUGAUUUCAAAACUCGAAAUAGAUGCCGUUUCAUAUACAUAUCCUCCAAUACUACAUCUAUUACAAUCUAAUUCUAUUACAAAACUUGAAGCUCAAAACUUGUCCCUGGCUGAUAGCCUAGGUAUUGUCUCCGACACCGUCAAAAAAUUAAAAGAAUCCCCUGGGCAGGUUGGAAUAAAAAUUAAGAAUAAAGUUGAGCAAGUACUUAGUAAGAACUCUGGUUUAAAGACAGUUGAAGCUAUUGCAAACAUUCUCAAUGGCAGUGAUACGCAAACUUCUUUUGAAUUUAGUCUUGCUGAUUUAGGGGCUUUUAAAUUUGCUCCUAUUACUUCCGUCAACGUGGAAAGAUCUUUUAGCCGCUACAAAAACAUACUUCGUCCUAAUCGACGUCGAUUUACCUUUAACAACCUAAAGAAGUACAUGAUUGUCCAUUGCUUUGUUGACGAUGAAGAUCCUAGCUAAUAUUUGAUUUGAAUGUAUUUUUUAGGUGCAUUACAUAUUUUGUAUUCUGAAUGUAUUUUUUUUUAAGAAUAAAAACAUUUUUUUUUAAAUAUUUUGUAUUUUUAGUUGCAUAUUUGGAUAAAAAUAAAUACAUAUAUAUGUACAUAUUUUUUAAUUUUUAAUACAUAUUAAUCCGCACCCUAGUCAUAACUAUUGCUUAUUACUUAAAAGUUAUAUUAAAAACUGAACUCAGUUAUA